AUGGGACAAGUGUGUUUAUUUUCACAAAGACUAGAUCGUCAAAUUUCUCAAGCAAAAGACACUGUCAAUAAAUUGCAUAGUAUUGGUCAAGAGAAGUUGCCUAUUCCAGGGACAGCUGCUUCAGGUACUCUGGUCCGAAGUGUUAAGCAUACUGACGGUUCGAUUGAACAAACCUAUUCGAAUGGUGCUGUAGUUGUAUCAUAUGCUAAUGGCUCUGUGAAAGAGAUUUUUCCUGAUGCCACCACUGUGAUUGUUUCGUUAUUCAAUGGAGAUAUUAAACGGACUUUACCAGAUGGUCGUGUAAUAUAUCAUUAUGCAGCUGAUGGAACAGUUCAGACAACUUUUCCUAAUGGUACUGAGGAAAUUUUAUUUGCAGAUGGACGCCAAGAAAUUAUUCAUUCCAAUGUAAAAACAGGUUCUUCUAAUGGAUUACUUCCCAUAACAAUCCCAGCCAAUCCAUCGAAAUGUUUGAUAAAUGAACAAGUAUGCCGAAGACUUAGUAAUGGGGAUAAGGAGAUUUUAUUACCCAAUGGGCAACGAGAAAUUCAUUCUAGUUCAGGAAUUAAGUGUCGUAUAUACCCAGAUGGUACAACAAAAACUGUUUUUCCUGAUGGCCGCCAAGAAACUCGUUACAGUUCUGGACGUCUGCGAGUUAAAGAUGCUAAUGGAAAUCUACUAUUGGAUACGCGAUUGCCUGUUACCACUUAUCAUCCUGCGUUAAAUGCUAAUUUGUUUGAUGUACACAUUCCUAACGGCUUCUGUAAUAAUGAUUCUGGCAAGAUAUCCACUGCCAAUCUACCCAAUGAAAAUAAUACCACAAUGAAAUCCAAUUCUUAG